ACAGUUAUCUGCAUAUAUCACAUUUGCCUAUUUACAUGUGAUUUGGUUGCAUACUUUAUAUUUAAUUAGAUUAUACCUAAACCAUUUCUUUUCACAGGUGAAACAACAAAGUGAACAUGAUUGAUGUUGAUUUUGGACAGUUUAAACUAAAGCAUGAUGGAUAGGUCAUUUAAGGAAAAUACUGCACAGGGACAAGUUCAUGAUUCACAGGCACAAGUUCAUGAUGAAAAUGUUCAAGCUCAUGAUGUAAGAGGACAAGUAAAUGAUGAAAACGGAAAAGUUCAAAGCAUACAUGGACAUGAUGAAAGGAGACAGGGUCGUGAUGCUCAAGGACAAGCUUAUGAUGAAGGGGGACAAGUUUGUAAUGAACAGGGACAAGUUCAUUAUGAAGGGGGACAAGUUUGUGAUGCACAGGGACAAGUUUAUUAUGAAAGGGGACAAGUUCAAAGUGCUCGGGGACAUGAUGAAAAGAGACAAGUUCGUGCUGAAAGGAGACAAGUGCGUGAUGCACAGGGACAAGUUCAUGAUGAAAAGGGACAAGUUCAUGGCACACAGGUACAAGCUCAUGGUGAACAGGCACAAGUUCAUGAUGCCCACUACAACAAAAAGCAAGUUAAAAGUCAAUCAGAUAAGAAAGAUAAAGUAGAUGAGAAGCAGAAUGUAGAUAUGUUAAAGCUGUCAGUGUCACAUAUGGGAGACAAAUCUCACGGUCAUGAGUCAGAUGUGUCACAGAUAGCAGUCAUUGAUAGAACAAGAGUACAGCAGACAACAAAGAAGGAUGACUCUUAUGAUGCACCAAUACUACUUCCACCUGAAGACAUCAGUGGUAUUUCAGUAAGGAUAUCAAUGUGGUUUCAAGAUAGUGACAAACAGAAAAAGGUGAUUGCUUUUGAUGUGCCUUGUACUAUAAUGCAGUAUAUGAAAUGGCAGUUUAUUCUCAAUUUACCUCCUUGGCUUGAGCAAUUAAACAUUCUCCUAAAGAGAAAAAAGAUUCCAGGUACAGUUACUUCGGAUUGUGUUGUCCAGGUUCAAAUGAAAGUUGAUAAUGAAAAAGUUUUACAAGACUUAGGUACUUCUGUCUUUAAUCAUGCGAUGGAUGAACUUGGAAAAAGCCUGUGUGUAAGAGAAAUGGUUACAGCAUGUAACCAAUUUGACAUGUGCAUGCAACAAUUAAGGCAAGAGAAAGUAGGUAUUCAUGCUGAAGUUUUAAAAGACAAAUUAUAUAUUGUAUAUAGGACAUGUGAUCAGAAGUCAGUUUUAGAAUCUUUAAAAGACGUAAGACUUGCAGGAGAUAAAAAAAUAAAAGAAACAAUUGAGACAUCUCUAGUUUGUAUUAAAUUGGCGCACAUGAUGGAGCUUGAGAAAACUUUAAAGUUGCUUUGUAGUUCCACCGAACUAAAAAUUGUGUUUGAGACAUGCCCAGAUAAGUUUAAAGUUAUCUUUACUGGACCUGAGAGAGCUGUGAAUUUAGCAAAGCAAGAAUUUAAUCGGAUUAGCCAACAUAUUGUGUCAGAAAGAUGUACACUUCAUAUAAUAGCAAGGUCUGCCAUACCAGAGCUUGAAGUUGAUAAGGUCCUUGAUGAACAUCUUUCAAAGGUAAAUAUAAAAUGUGUAACAUUACAAAAGACAGACGAUAUUUAUAUAUAUGCAUUGGAAAAAAACAGCUUAAAAAGGGCAUCAGAUGAAAUAGCAAGACUGAUUAUAGAAAAGACAUGUAUAAUCAAAGGUGACCUUAAACAUCAAAAGGAUUUACUUGUUGCACAAGUUAAACAAACAUGGCCUGGAUUAGUAGUCCUGCACAUAGAAGAGAGUGGCCAUCUUUAUAUUGUUGGUGUGAAGGAUUGUGUUGAAAAAGCAAGUCAGUGGGUGUCUGAACUGCAGAAAGGCAAACAAACAUUAGAAGAAUUCUUAAGCAUGCAAAGUGCUGAGAAAGUUGAUAAAGAGCAUGAUGACGUUGGUCCCAAGAGGAGGCAGGAAAAGCAAGAAGAACUGUUUAAAGUUAAGGAUGAUCAGGCAGCAUUGUAUAACAAUUUAGACAAGGCAAAUAAGGAGACUGAAAACAAGCUUGAAGGAAAAGGAGCUGAAUUAGAAAAGACUUCUCUUCCUGAUAUGAAAUAUGCCGUUGAAGACAGUGGUGGGAAAAAUGAAAAAUCAAUACAGAAGGAUAAGAAGAAAGCCUUGACAAAAACAUACCAUAAAGAUAGUGCACAGCAUGUUUUGCAUGACAUCAAGAGUAUUGCUGUAAAAGAAAGUCAGAAAACAAAGGAACAUGAAGAUAUGAAAGAAAAACACAUACAGGGUCAUACACGUUGUUCUAAUAAAGAUAUCAUUGAUGAUUCAAAGCCGAAACUUACAAAACAGGAAGAAAAGAAAGUUACAAUAGGGAAGACAGAGAAGAAAUUUAGAAAGGAACAAAAUGAAAGGAAUGACCAAAAGUCAGGAGAACAUCUUUUUUCAUCACCAGAUUUAGAUACUCUAGUUAUGAACAUUUCUCAUCCUAGUCAUGUACAGUUUAUGACCAAAGAUGAGUGUAGAUCAUUUUUAUCAACUUGUGCAGAUGAUCAUAAUGUUACAAUACAUCAGGUCAUUGACUACAGGUUAGCAGAUACUGUUGAGGCUGCUGAAAAUGCUGUCAUCACUCCAGAGGAAACAAUAGAGCGCUCAGUUUUAUGGAAAGUGACUAAAGUGAAGAAAAUAUUGCAAUUGACAACAAAACAAUAUGAUGGAAAUGCAAACCCUGGGUCUCGUUUCGUUAAUGUGAAGUUCAAAGAAUGCAGACAUGAUAAAGGUCCUAUAAUUAUUUCUAAUGCGGAACCAGUAUCAGUGAUUAUACGUUUACCAGAAUGGAAAGAUGGCCGUGGGAAUGAAGAAAUUUUGACUGACUUGUUGACUCAAUUUCUUUCACAAACAGAGUUUGCGGAUGUCAGCCAUAUUGUCAUGCACCUAGAAGCAUGUAAUGGGUGGCCAAUAUCUGCCUUCAUCAAGUGUAUUGUUUCAGAGACAGUGGAAGGCAUAUUUCUAAAUUACAUGACAAAGUUACCUCACAUGGUAACCCUGAUACUGAAAGAAAAUGCAAAGUUUGGUGAGACUCUUCAUUAUAUCAACAGGCGCAUUCGUAAAUAUUUAAAAGCAGAGAGAGAAAAACAGAAUAAAUUGCAAGUCGUCUUAAUGUCAGGAGAACUUGCCAAAACAAAGACUGAUGUGAUAGUUAACACCACUUCGAGAGACUUGGAUUUGACAAAUGGGAAAGUGUCAUCAACAUUACUAAAGGCUGCAGGUCAGGGUAUACAGAGAGAAUGUUGGGAUAGAUAUCCAAGAGGCAUAUCAAUAUCAAAGCAUGAAGUAGCUGUGACAGGUGGCCACAAAUUACAUUGUGAAAAAGUUUUCCACAUUGCCUUAGAUAGGUAUAUACCAAAACAGGAAAUGAAUACUAUAGAGAGUAUUCGUACAUUGGUAACACGUUGCCUGGAGCAAGCGUCAGAAAUGAAGUACAAGACGAUAGCUUUCCCCGCUAUCGGGACAGGUGUUUUGAGAUAUCCUAUAGACCUUGUGGCAGCAGCUAUGUUCGAGAGCGUUGAGCGUUUCAAGAGUGUUUACAUGGAUACAUCAUUGACAACAGUGUUAUUUGUCAUAUAUCCAGCAAAUAUAACAGUUAUGGAGAUUUUCAAAAAGCAUGAAGAAUCACUAGAAAAACCACUAGAAGUUGGCAGACAAAAAGAGGACAUUCCUAGAGUUCAAAUAAAAAUAUCUGGUCAGACUGAGAAUGUUGAAAAAGCAAAGUCCUGUGUCUUGGAAAGAUGUGAUGACGAACUGUACAACCCAUCAGAUAAAAUUCAAGUAUGUUUCAAACAAGUCACAUUGCAAGAGUAUUUAUUACUGAGGCAUAUGUAUGAGAACCCUUCUGUUGAAAUGGAGCACAAGAACGAUUGCCUUGUCUUAUCUGGUAAACGUAAAGAGCUGAAACGUGCAGCCGAUGAUGUUGAAGAAUGUUUAAUAAAAGUGAGAAGGUAUGUUUUAUGCUCAGUAAGUGUGCAAGGUUGCGAUGCCAAGUCUGUGGAAGAAGAAAUGAAACUUGUUAAUACUAAUGAGAGUUAUACUUGUAUAUUUGACAGAAUUAACUCUAUUGUGUACAUAUAUGCUCUUGAAUCUAGAAAAUCAAAAUCAGUACAGAAAAAAAUAGCACAAAAAUUAGGUAUUGAUCUUCAGAAACCAGUGUGUUUCAGCAAUGAACAGGCUGUCGCCCAAGAGGCCCAAAGACUUCAUAGUGAAGUGAAUACCACUUCAGAGAGAAGAAACGUACAAGCAAAUGACCAUGAGCAUUCACAGCAACACCUAAAUAAGUCUGUCAUAUUAAAUGAUGGCCAGGAAGACAAAAAGAAAACAACCCAGAGAAAGAACAUUGUCAGGCAAUUUUCAUGGACACAGAACACCAAAAAUAUGAAAGUAUAUGAGAUCAGCGGACUCUGUGUUAGAGUAUAUGAAGGUGAUAUAAUCGGUGUUCCAGUUGACUGUAUUGUAAAUCCAGCAAACAGCAACCUUUCACAUACUGGAGGACUGGCAUUAUCCAUAGCAAAUGCUGCUGGAAACAAAAUGGAUAUUGAGUCAGUGAAAAUUACUGCAUCUUACGGAGGAGCUUUACCAGUUGCAGAAGUUGUUAGAACAACAGCAGGGCUGCUUCCAUACAAAUGCAUAUUUCAUGCUGUAGGGCCAUGUUGGUGUGACUAUUCUCCAUUAACAGAAGAAAGUAUUGGUGACUGCUUGCAUCAACUUAAAUCGACAACUAUUAAAUGCUUCCUAGCAGCUGAACAAGAAGGCUUACAGACAAUAGCCAUUCCUACUAUUUCUUCAGGCUUAUUUGGUGUGCCAAAAGAGUUGUGUGUGAUACAGUAUGCAAAAGCAGUUAUAGAUUACAGCACAAUACAUAAUGGACUGAAAGAAAUACACAUUGUUGACAUCAAACCUGACAUGAUAGAUAUAAUACAUCAUGUCUUUGACAUGAUGAUCGUCCAAAAACAAAAUAUCAAACUUGAUGUACAGAGGUAUUGUCAGGUAGUAACUAUGGCCAAUGCAGAAACAAAACACAAUUCCAAAAAGUUAACAGAAGAAAUACAUGUUAGUAGUCAAAUUCAUAGUGAAAGAAGUGAACAUACAGAAAAAGAUAUUGGUUGGAAUGUAACAUAUGCAAUUGAUGGUUCAAAAUUGAUAUGUGUAUUUUCGUCCAACAAAGAAGUGCAGAUAUACCAUGGUGAUAUUGUAAAAUUGCGAGGUAUUCAAGCUCUUGCAUGUAGUGAAAACAGAAAAGGUGAAGCGAAAGGGGAAGUUGCAAAUCACCUAGCGGAAACAAAUGGAAAAGAUUAUCUAAAGGAGAAAUCAGAAAUGUUCAAGUCCAGUUACAAUUAUGGGGAUAUUGUUUUUACUUCUGGUGGAAAAAGUUGUUUUAAAGGCAUUGUACAUGUGAUUACUCCGAGGAAUGAUAUAAAAGCACUACAUAUGAUGUACAUCAACUUACUUGAGAAACUUGCAAAAGAAAACAUUAGCAGCAUUGCACUUCCACUUUUUGGAACAGGUUCAGGCAACUUUUCACUCAGUAUAAGUGCCACAGUGUUCCUGGAAGAAUGGAGAAUGUUUGUAAGAAAAUACCAUGGGUAUGCCUUGACGAUCCAUCUUAUUCUUGUUGAUAAGUAUACUUCAGACCUUGUUAAAGAUAUCUUCAGACAACACAUUAAUGCUUGGAAUGGAAAUUCUGGUGGGCCGUCAUUUGAUGCUCAGCAACAAAUUGAAGAGAAAAAUAAGAGAAGGGAGGAGGACAAGAAAGAUUAUGAGGAUAGUAAAGAAAAGAAAGAGAACAGUGAUGCCGUUUCUACAGAAAUUGAAGAUGAUUGCGUUAUAUGUAUGGACAAAAUUGAGGAAGCAGCAAAGCUGAAAUGUGGUCACCAAUUUUGCAAAGAAUGUAUUGAAGGAUAUUUCAAGGUUAAACAAGUGUGUCCGACAUGUGGACAAGUAUGUGGUGUUAUCAUUGGUGAUCAACCUGAUGGGACAUUAGAUGUUGCUAAGAUACGAUCAAGUUGUACAGGAUACGAAGGGUGUAAGACCAUAGCGAUGUCUUAUAAUUUUCCUCCUGGCAAUCAAGGGCAAAUGCAUCCACGACCGGGGGCAUACUACAGAGGUAUUUGUCGAACUGGAUUUUUACCUGACACAAAAGAGGGAAGAGAAAUAUGUGCCAUGUUGAAAGUUGCAUUUGAAAGGAGACUGGUAUUUACAAUUGGAAUGUCUAGAACUACAGGGGAAGAAGGUGUUAUUACAUGGAAUGAUAUUCAUCAUAAAACAGAUCAUAGACCUGGUACUCAGUUUGGCUACCCUGAUGAUACUUAUCUACAAAGAGUGAGAGAAGAACUUGCAGUGAAAGGAGUAACAGAACAAGACAUGGACAGAAAGCUUCUGGAAGAGCUUAGCAAGGAAACAUUUCGUGCUACGUAUAAAACAGACACAACAGUAUGAUACCUGAGCAUGUUAUGUUUGUAGAAAAGUGAAAUAUGAAAGGAAUUAGAUGUUACAUACAAGAUUUUAUAGACCGUUUCGUUUUUUAAACUAACAGGCAAUAUAACUUCACAAACACAAUCUUUGUUCAUAAUGAAAUGUUAUGAAAUCAGGAUUAAAAAAUUCAUCAGAAUUUGAAAUUGAGAAAUGGUCUUUAUGUGUUCGUUUAUUGUUGUUUUAGUAUGCACAAUGUUAGCAAGUGUGUUUUAUGAAAUGUUAUUUUUUUAAUCCUGUAAGGAUUUUGUUUUUAUUAUUUGAUAUUAUUAAUUCAAAUUUUUAAUCAAUUGGUUUUAUACUGAAUGUUCAAUGUAUAUGAUUCAAACACAUUGAUUAUUGUAUUAUUCAUUACCUAAAGGUUUUUUGGAGACAAUACAUUGAUGAAUACAGUUAUUUUGUACUAUCUGUGCCAGUGUUCACUAAUAUUUAUUCAUGGACUUUCCUGUGUUAUCUGUCAAACAUAUUGACAGACUAUUUGUAUAUGAUUGAUAGAACAACUUUUUAUAAUUACUAAGAUUGAUGAUGUAAUGUUUAAGUGAGUUUUCAAUAUUAUUGGAUAUAACGAUAGAUUUAUUGAUUAUAAAUUACAUACUAAGACAUUAAAAGUCCAAAUUAGCACUUUGCAAACGAUUAUUUAAAUCUUAUUAUCUACUUGAUGUGAAAUUUUACUAAGAUAAAUGCAUUCUUCUUACGUGUUUUUUGUCUUUAAAAGGGUAUUUAAAAAGGAUACACUGAUAUUUUUUGACAACAGGACUGGAAUGUAAUGCUCCAUUGGAUGCGAAUCUUGUCCACUUGUGUGCGAAAUGCCACAUCAUCCACUCUCUACAUUUUUUCCAAGAUAAUUAUUCAAAUUGUGAAAAAUUGAACCAAAGAUGUAUAGCACUGUAAGGCAUUUCACUCAAUUCGGGCUAUAAAUAGCAUAUAAUACGAUUUUCAAUUCAUUUCCGAGUAUAUUUCUUAAUUAUCUUUUACUUAGCCUUUGUUUUAAGAGCCCCAGCUGUUCGUUGUCAGAACUUCAAAUUUUAUAUUUUCAGGUCUCAAAAAAGGGUCUCAGUUUAGUUCCUUUUAGGGGUUUUAUAAAAAUAUAUAUUUUAUAAUUUACAUGGCAUGACAUGUAUAUAUAGGGAAAUAUCAUAAUAUCUUUUAUCACUUGUUUAUAUUAUUAUGCCACCGCAGCAUCUGCGAUGCGGUGGCAUAUAGCGAUUCACCUGUGUGUGUGUUUGUUUGUGUGUGUGUGUGUUAUAUAGAUUAUAUAGUGAACUUAAAAAAUCUUCUUGUGAAAAACCACUUGUCCAAUUUCAACCAAACUUGGCAGGAUUGAUCCUUGGGUGAAGGGCUUCCAAAGUUGUUCAAAGAAUUUCAUUCCAUGCAGAAAUCUGGUUGCCAUGGCAACCGAAAGGAAUUAUAAGAAUAAAUUUAAAAAAUCUUCUUGUAAAGACCCAAAAGGCCUAGAGCUUAGAUAUUUUGCAUAAGGCAUUGUCUGGUAGACCUCUACCAAGAUUGUUCAAAUUAUAACCCUGGGGUCAAAAUCGGCCCCACCCCGGGGGUCAUUGAUUUUCACUAUAUGUACAUAUAGUAAAAACUUAAAAUAACUUCUUGUAAAGACCCAAAAGGCCUAGAGCUUAGAUAUUUUGCAUAAGGCAUUGUCUGGUAGACCUCUACCAAGAUUAUUCAAAUUAUAACUGGGGUCAAAAUCAGCCCCGCCCUGGGGGUCAUUGAUUUUCACUACAUGUACAUAUAGUAUAAACUUAAAAUAACUUCUUGUAAAGACCCAAAAGGCCUAGAGCUUAGAUAUUUUGCAUAAGGCAUUGUCUGAUAGACCCUUACCAAGAUUGUUCAAAUUAUAGCCCUGGGGUCAAAAUUGGCCUUGCCCCGGGGUCAUUGAUUUUCACUAUAUGUACAUAUAGUAAAAACUUAAAAUACCUUCUUGUAAAGACCCAAAAGGCCUAGAGCUUAGAUAUUUUGCAUAAGGCAUUGUCUGGUAGACCUUUACUCAGAUUGUUCAAAUUAUAGCCCUGGGGUCAAAAUCGGCCCUGCCCCGGGGUCAUUGGUUUUCCUUAUAUGUAUAUAGUAAAAACUUUAUAGUAAAAAAAAUUCUUCUAGCAAAUGCUAGAGGUUAGAUAUUUUGCAUGAAACAUUGUGAAGUGAACUUCUAGCAAGAUUGUUCAAAUUAUAGCCCUGGGGUCAAAAUUGCCCCUGCCCCGGGGUCAUUGAUUUUCAAUAUAUACAUAUAGUAAAAAAAAAAAAUCUUAUUGUCUGAAGGUACAAGGCUUAGAGCUUGAAUAUUUGUUAAAUGAUAUCAUCUAUAGGUACUCUACCAAAGUUGUUCAAAGUUUGCCUCUUGUGUCAAAAUUAGCCCCGCCCCAUGAGCCAUAGGUUUUCCUUAUAUGUAUAUAGUAAAAACUUAAAAAAUCAUCUUCUCUAAAUUUACAAAGGCUAGAGUUAAGAUAUUUUGCAUGAAACAUUACGUAGUGAACCUCUAGCAAGAUUGUACACAUUAUAGCCCUGGGGUCAAAAUUGGCCCCACCCCCAGGAGUCAUUGAUUUUCACUAUGUACAUAUAGUAAAAAAAAAAAAGAAAUAUUUUUGUCUGAAGGUACAAGGCAUAGAGCUUUGAUGUUUGCUCUAUAAUAUAUUCUAUGGGUUCUCUACUAAAGUUGUUUUAAUUAUGCCCCUAGUGUUAAAAUUGGCCCUGCCCAGGGGCAGUGAUUCUCAUUAUGUUCACAUAGUAAAAACAGAAAAUAAAACAAAUCUUUUCUGAGUAGGAGAAAGCUACAGCUUUGAUAUUUGACUUGAAAUGUUGUUUGGUGGACCUGUAUCAAGAUUGUUUUGAAUUAAACCCUUGGGUCCAAAAUUUUGCCUUGCCCAAGGGGACAGUGACCUACUUUCUUGUCCUUUGAUGUACAGCAAUGAAAUUUUGACCAUGUGCACAGUUUUAGUUGUAAAAUUGAACUUUGAUAUCAGGUGAACUAGAUUUUGAUGAUGUGACCUACUUUCUUGUCCUUUGAUGUACAGCUAUGAAAUUUGAACCAU